GCCAAUGGAUCCUCUCAGGCAGAACAAACUGGAUGAAGCACUGGUUAAAAUUAUUGCUUAUGACUAUCAACCAUUUUCCAUAGUCGAGGACAAAGGCUUCAGAGAAUUUUUAAAAACCGUGGACCCUUCAUACACUCUGCCUAGCUGGAAAACAUUAUCUCAAGCUCUACUGCCUAAUAUGUAUGAAAAGCUAAGAGCUGAGGUAUUUGUAAAAAUCAAGAACGCCUCUGCUGUAUGCCUCACAACGGACUGCUGGACAUCUGUGACGUCCACAAGCUACAUGUCGGUGACAUGCCACUAUGUACAGGAUUUUGUGAUGACCUCCCAUCUCCUGGACUGUUUUGUCUUGACAGACAGACACACUUCAGCUCACCUGUUAAGUGAGCUGAAGAGAGUGGCAAAUGAGUGGGGUGUCAGUGACAAAGUUGUAGCUUGUGUCACAGACAAUGCCAGAAACAUUGUGGCAGCCGUGGGAGACCAACUGCACUGGGACCACAUACCGUGCUUUGCUCAUGUGUUAAACCUCAUUGUUAGAGCUGCACUUAAAGAGAUUCAGGACAUAUUGCAAAAAAUAAAAGCUGUGGUGGAAUACUUCCAGAGAAGCACAGUUGCUUCAGACAAACUGAAGGCCAUACAGCAACAGAUGGGCCAGGAGCAACUAUGUUUGAGGCAGGAUGUGGCUACAAGUUGGAAUUCAACAUACUACAUGUUGAAAAGGUUCAUUGAGGUUAAGGAUCCAGCCAUCUUCACCCUGGUACUUAUCAAUGCACCAGUAUCCGCACUGUCCACAGAGGAAUGUGAAAUUGUCCAGGAAACAGUGGACAUUCUCAAACCUUUUGAGGAGGUCACCGUUGAAGUGAGCACUGAGAGGUUUGUGACAGCCUCCAAAGUGAUCCUGAUGGCAAGGGGUCUUCAGAGGAUUGUUGCUCGCCAUCAAAGAAACCCAUCAGUCCAUGAACCUGUUCAAAAACUGGUGGACAGCCUGAUGUCAGAUAGGUUUAGCAAGGUGGAGCAGAUUGAGAAGCUUGGUGAUGCUACUUGUUUGGACCCAAGGUUCAAAAAGCAAGCCUUUGUUAACAACAUGGCAGCAGAUGAUGCGGUGAAGAGGAUCACAGCUGCUGCAGCACACAUUCACCCCAGUCACACUGAGGAGGUGGAGGGUCAAGAUCCUGCUGCAGCUGCCAGUACUGGGGCCAUGGUUUGGGAAGACUUUGAUAAGACGGUAAUAAACACCAGGCCUUCCAGUUCAACAGAUGCUUCCACAUCAAGCAGCUCAACUGCUGCCAUGAUGGAGAUGCGGGCCUACCUGGCAGAACCACUUCUGUCCCGCGGAUCGGAUCCUUUGGCGUGGUGGAGGAUGUGCUCACCCGUAUAUAAAACUCUGUGUGAGGUGAUGAAGACCAGACUGUGUAUUGUAGCCACAUCUGUGCCCUCUGAGAGAAUUUUCUCAAAGACUGGGCAGAACAUCACAGACAGACGGAACCAUCUCAGCCCCUCUAAGGUCCGUGAGCUUGUGUUUUUGAAUGCCAACUUGCCUUAGAGCAGGCCCUAAAUGUACUUGUUACUGUAACUGUUCUUGCUGGUUUGGUUUACUUAACAUUAUUCUUAUUUGACUUUAUUCUUAUUUAACUUUAUUUGCAUCCCUUAGAUGUGUGCAGUGUUAUGCAUAUAUAGUUAAGUGUGUUUGUGAAUAAAUACUUAAAAAAAUUA